CAGCAGUUACCGACGGUUCAGGCCCGGCUGCAACAAGCCAACACGGCAACGACAACUAGGAUCUGGCAACAAGCCGCUUCGCCACCGUCCUUACAAGAAUGGCGAUGGAGACCACCCUGACCUCGAAGCCUGACAUCCUGGUCAUCCCAUGGCCGGCCACCAGUCACAUGAUCCCCAUCGUCGACAUCGGGUGCCUCCUCGCCGCGCACGGCGCGGCGGUCACCAUCAUCACCACGCCCGCCAGCGCGCAGCUCGUCCGGAGCCGCGUGGACCGCACCGCCCAAGGCUCCACGGGCGUCACGGUCACCGUGAUCCCCUUUCCGGCGGCCGAGGCCGGCCUGCCGGAUGGCUGCGAGAGGCUGGACCACGUCCCCUCACCUGGCCUGGUGCCGAACUUCUUUGAUGCCACCUCGCAGUUCGGCGUGGCCGUGGCGCAGCACAGCCGCGCCAUGGCGCCGUGCCGGCCGACUUGCAUCGUCGCCGGGAUGUGCAACACGUGGGCGCUGGGCAUCGCGCGAGAGCUCGGCGCGCCUUGCUUUAUCUUCCACGGUUUCGGCGCGUUUGCUCUGCUGUGCUGCGAGUACUUGAACACGCACAAGCCGCACGAGGCGGUCGCGUCGCUGGACGAGCUCUUCGACGUCCCUGUUCUGCCGCCUUUCGAGUGCAAGUUCGCGAGGAGGCAGCUGCCACUGCAGUUCCUGCCUUCCUGCUCCAUUGGGGAGGACAGUCUUCGAGAGCUCCGGGAGUUCGAGAUGGCCGUGGACGGCAUCGUCGUGAACAGCUUCGAAGAGCUGGAGCACGGCUCAGCAGCGCAUCUCGCGGCUGCCACGGGCAAAACGGUGCUCGCCGUCGGCCCCAUCUCGCUGUCCGGCGCACCUGGCCUGCUCGACUCGCGGGCCGACUCGGAUGACGCGAGACGGUGCAUGGCGUGGCUGGACGCCAAGAAAGCCAUGUCCGUGCUCUACGUCAGCUUCGGCAGCGCCGGGCGCAUGCUUCCAGCGCAACUGAUGCAGCUCGGCCUGGCGCUUGUGUCAUGCUCCUGGCCUGUCCUCUGGGUCAUCAAGGGAGCUGACUCGCUUCCAAAUGACACCGCGAGGUGGCUGCGGGAGAACACCGACGCGGACGGCCUCCCGGAGAGCCAGUGCCUCGUAGUUCGCGGGUGGGCGCCGCAGGUUGCCAUCCUAGAGCACUCGGCCGUCGGCGGCUUCGUGACGCACUGCGGGUGGGGCUCGACGCUGGAGAGCGUCGCCGCGGGCGUCCCCAUGGUCGCCUGGCCAUUCACCGCCGAGCAGUUCCUUAAUGAGAAACUGAUCGUGGACGUGCUCGGAAUCGGUGUGUCCGUCGGCGUGACGAAGCCCACCGAGGGCGUGUUGACCGGUGCCAGAGGCGGCGGCGGCGAGCCGAAGCCAGAUGUGGGAAUGGAACAGGUAAAGAAGGCCCUAAACAAGCUGAUGGAUGGAGCCGAAGCAGAGGAGAGGAGGAGAAAAACGCAGGAGCUGAAGGCCAAAGCAAAGGCUGCUUUGGAGCAUGGUGGAUCGUCAUACAUGAAUCUGAAGAAGUUGAUCCAGUUUGCCGUUUGAAAAUAUGGAUUAGUUUCAGCUUGUGAAUCAGUUGAUGUCUGCAUAAUAAGUUCACAGUGUUUGCUUGUCGAUGUUCUAGAGAUUGGUUUCUUGCUUGAACUCUGCGUAUGUGCCAUUCCUGCUGGACGGGGAGAAUAAAAUAGAUGAAACUAGAACUAGUCAUGUUGCAAUUUCAAUCUGUUAUAAAGUUCAGUUGAUUGCAAUUUCUGCUUAUAGUAUAGGAUCACAUCUAUUUUCUGCAAUAGUGAUUUUGUGCUUCUCUGGCAACAAACAUAUUGGCGGCGGAGCUACGCGAUGGCACCACCGGCGGAAGCAUCGCGUCGGCGGGAGCUGUUGUCACCGGUGCGUCCUGCAGAGGGCGACCCGCCACAGGCCGAACAACUCGACUUACCGAACGCUUGGCCUCCGCCCUAUCAUCCACACUGCAGCCAGAUGCCGAGCGCUUGGCCUAGGCCCGAUGCGCGAGCCGUCUUCGCGAUUUGGGCGUGCCAUCCCUUUCUUCACCAAGUCCGGUCGUCACCUCCGCCACCGCACCGUCGCAGCACCACCCGAGCCUCUGCCUCCCAAAACACAGCGGAGCCCAGCUGCCCGCCGCCGCCGCCCAUGGCGGUGCAGAUGGGAGUAGAGGCGGCUGGACGCCCUGCCGCCGCCGUUGAUGGCGCGCGCAGAUGGGAGAGGGGCGGAACCCUGCUGCUGGCCGCCGUGCGCAGAGGAAAAGGGCGGAGCUCGAUUGCUGCCGGCCGCCGCCCUGUUGCUGGACGCUGUACUGUCGCUCGCCUCCUUCCGAUGAUGAGGAAGACCGCUGCCCCUUGCUGCCGACCAAGCCGGUGAGCUUGCGCUCCGGCCAAGUUCCCCUGCCGCUGCUGUGCUCGUUGUGUCGCGGCUGUUCAAGCCUGCGCCAGUGAGCCACUGUUCCGCUGCGCUAAUCGAGGUAUGUUGCCGUGCCGCAGUCCCCUGAGCCUGCGCCGGUUCGUACUGCCAUGUCGAUCUAUUUCUUCCUGCGCCGUGGGUGCAUGGUCAGUUGGCCGUGCCGGCGUUGAGCUGUGUUAUGCGUGUCUCCGGCCGUCGUGCCGUCGAGCUAUGCGCCGCCGUAGUGCCAUGGCUUGUCCACUGGCGAGGCGUGCUGGUCGCUGUCGUGCGCGUGUGUAUCUCCGCGCCGGCGGGUGUUAUUCUUCUUGUGGCAACGACACGCCGAAAUCCACGGCGGCUAUGCCAUGAUCCGAUAGCCAGGGUGGCAAUGGAUGGCGCGAGCUUGGUGAGGAUUCACCGCCCGAACAGCGCACAUGAGGUACUCGACGUAAUGCCCCACAGAAAUGUCUGAUUUUAUAACAUAGAAAAAAGUACCAUCGUAGGCUCCACGGCCAAAAAGCAAAACAACAAAGAGCCCGUUGCAUCAAGAUUUGUGAUGAGAAUACUGCCUCACAUGAGAAGCUUCGAAGAUAGUUUGAUCAGUUACUGCACUGUGUUUCCUCGAUAGGAGUUAGCAGAGAUUAAGUAAACAAAAACCUGUUAUUCUGAACUGCAUUUGGGAGAUCAGCAUAGUUGCUACCAUGGUGGUCUAAAAGUGCUUAGCCGAAGCUCUUGAUAUGCUGCCUCCUGUUAUGCCAGAAGAUGGGCAUACAACAAGGGUUACUACAGGGACUGACUUAACCCCUUCCGAGAAAGAUUCCUCUGCGGUACAACCUAUAUGGGAUGAUGAAAACACUAAGGCUUUCUAUGAAUCUUUACCUGAUCUCAGGUUCUAGAGGAGAUUAGAGUUGGACUUGAGCUAAACGACUAUGCAAUGCAACAACAACGGCUUGCCCAUAUGCGAUUCCUCGGGGAGCUAUGUAACUAUGAGCAUAUUGAUUCAUCAGUUAUAUAUGAGACACUAUACCUUAUUAUUAUAUUUGGUCAUGGAACACCUAAAGUAAGUUAAUACUCGAGCAAAAUUGGAGACAACUUAUCAUAGAUACUGCUCUUGCAAUAAUUUGGAUUUUGGUUUAUGAAAUGUGGAAGUGUCAGCUUUUUUGCUUCGCUUUUCCUGAUUUAAUAUUUUAAAAAACUGCAUGCAUUUGUUAAUAAGAUAUAGUUUUUUUAAAUUAAAACCAACCUUUGGCUUUGCCGUUCUGAAACUUGCAUGAUAAACGUUCAGAACUGUAAAUCACAAAUCUUUUUGCAUAUUUCGGACCUGGAAUUCUGGAUAAGUAUUUUGCAUAACGCUGCUGAACUUUAUUCUCACCCAUCAUCUCUAAUGCUAUAUGGGUGCUUAAUUUUCUAUAUUUUAAACUAAUAUAUAUGUUGCCACUUAUUAUUUAUUUCCAAAAAAUAUCCUAUGUUUGUAUCCUGUGCAGCAAGAUCUGCUGGAUCCCCCAGGAGAUUUUUUCCGCAUCAGGCUGAUCAUUACACUUCUCCAGACUUGCGGCCACUAUUUUGGUAAACUCCUCUAAAAGGAAGCUUGACAGAUUUUUGCUGUUUUUUCAAAGAUAUGCUCUCAGCAAAGGGCCGUUACCACUUGACGUAGAGUUUGAUGUCCAGGAUAUGUUUGCUGAGCUACGGCCCAACAUGACUAGGCAUUCAUCUAUAGAAGAAUUAAAUGAUGCACUAGUUGACUAGCUUGAAGAAAAUGAGUGUGUGGCCUUGGCUGAUAAAGAUGGAAAUGAAAGGCACUCAGACAGCAAAUCAAAGUUGAGACAAUCUGAAAAUGCUGCUUUUGAUGCCAAUGGCAAGAGGUCACCAAAUAGACCCGAGAAAAAUGGUAGGGGCCAUGACGAAAUAGUAGUCACCGAGAGCUCUUCAGAUAGCAGAAGCAGAUAUCGGGAUGGACAUGAAGACGUGGAAGAUUUUCUGUAUGAAGAGAGAUCAGAUGACAGAUCGGAUAAUGAAGAUCACAGUGAGGACAUUGACGUGCCUGUUGGUUCCGAUGAAGAAGAAAGUGUUGAGGUUCGACAUAAGGUGGUGCAAGUUGAUCCUAAGGAGCAAGAAGACUUUGAUCGAGAGCUGAAAGCCCUCCUUCAGGAAAGCUUGGAGCCGCACAAGUUAAAGCUGCAGGCCAGGCCCACUAUGAACAUGAAGAUACCAAUGAAUACCUUUGAGGGGUAAAAGGACUUGAUGUCCACUCAAGCGGUGGAUGAAGAAAAUGUGUAUGAUGAGAUUGGCAAAUCUGGGGGUGUUAGCAGGAUGUGUGUCAAGGUGCCUGUGAAGAAAGGGCAUAAGCUGCAGAUGAAGCAAAUGCUCAUUCCUAGGGAUUGCUCACUUGUGCAGAGCACAAAGCAGCAGGAGGCUGCUGAGCUCGAGAAGCGGAACAUCAAGCAGAAAAUUCUUGAAUACAAUGAGAGGGAGGAAUGAUUGAAUGGAGAGUUGUUGCAAACUGGGAACUGGGGUCAAGGAGGAAGCAUCUUAAGCAGUAGUAUAACUCUUGCUGGGCGUGAUAUCUGGGAAGGCCCAAACAGAGGUGGAGGUGUUACUACGUUGCCGGUGGGUGCUACCGUGGUUAUGGAAGAAGGUGAGCUGAUGGCACUAAAUUCAUAUUUUACAUCCACCUUGUUACCCCAGGAAAGAUCUGCCUAACUAUAGAUGUGAAACUGCUUGAUAGAAUCUCUCCCGACUAACCUAAUAUGGUCUUUAGUCUUUGGUAUUUAGUAUUUACUCGAUAACGUGGCGUAGAAACUUGGAAAUGACUAGUGAUCUAGGAGUUGUACUCUUCAGGGCCGCAGAGAUAUGUUAAGUCGGUCUUUAUCUUCAGAACGGGAUUAGGAGGUUAUGCUUGUACAUCAGAUGUUUCCACUGCUUCAGACAAAGGUAGUGUACAUCCAGGAGCUCAACUGAAACCUGGCAAUGGGGACCUUCAUUGACACCCACCAGGACCUGGUUAGCUUAGAAGUUCUUUCUCUCUGUGUUUUCCUGAUUCCUCCUCGUGUACAGAAUCCUCUGAAAUUGGUCGAUCCCAGAGUUGGUUAUGAACGCAAGACCUGAACUUGAGAAUCCUAGUACAUUUUAAUUUCA